GUCUGUGGUCGCCGGGGCCCCGCCCUCUCCGGUCUGUCACACGGACUUCGUACUCUGACCAGAGCCCGCCCUGGGGCAGCGGGGUUCCGGCGUGGAUCGGAUCCCGGGUCAUGGCGGUCCGGGGGCCCGCGCCCGGGUCUGUCGCCAGGCCCAGGUUAGAUCUACAGUUUCUCCAGCGGUUCCUGCAGAUACAGAAGGUUUUAUUUCCUUCUUGGUCAUCACAGAAUGCCUUGAUGUUCCUGACCCUUUUGUGUGUCGCCCUCCUGGAACAACUGGUGAUCUACCAGGUUGGCUUGAUCCCUAGUCAGUACUACGGGGUCCUGGGAAGCAAAGACUUGGAUGGGUUUAAGACCCUGACAUUCCUGGCUGUCGUGCUCAUCGUUCUCAACUCCAUGCUGAAGAGCUUUGACCAGUUCACCUGCAACCUGCUGUAUGUGAGCUGGAGGAAGGAUCUCACCGAGCACCUCCACCACCUCUACUUCCGUGGCCGCGUGUACUACACCCUCAACGUGCUGCGGGAUGACGUCGACAACCCGGACCAGCGCAUCAGCCAGGACGUGGAGAGGUUCUGCCGGCAACUGAGCAGCAUGGCCAGCCAGCUCAUCAUCUCCCCCUUCACCCUCGUCUACUACACCUAUCAGUGCUUCCAAAGCACAGGCUGGCUCGGGCCUGUGAGCAUCUUCGGGUAUUUCAUCCUUGGAACCCUGGUGAAUAAAGUGUUGAUGGGGCCUAUUGUGGCGAAGCUGGUGCAGCAGGAAAAGCUGGAAGGAGAUUUCAGGUUCAAACACAUGCAGAUCCGGGUGAAUGCUGAGCCUGCUGCUUUUUUUCAGAGCUGGGCACGUGGAACACAUGAGGACAGACCGCAGGCUGCAGAGACUCCUUCAGACCCAGAGGGAGCUGAUGUCCAAGGAGCUCUGGCUGUACACCUGUCUCCUGCAGUCGGUGUCAAUACGUUUGACUACCUGGGCAGCAUCCUGAGCUAUGUGGUGAUCGCAAUCCCCAUUUUCAGUGGCGUCUAUGGAGACCUGAGCCCCACCGAGCUCAGCACCCUGGUCAGCAAGAAUGCCUUUGUGUGCAUUUACCUCAUCAGCUGCUUCACCCGGCUCAUCGACCUCUCCACCACGUUCUCGGAUGUGGCUGGUUACACAUACAGGAUCGGGGAGCUUCAGGAUACCCUGCUUGCCAUGUCCCUGAAGUCACAGGAUGAUGAGAUGUUGGAUGAGAGUGAGUGGGACUUGCACAGGUGUGAUGCCCCCACGGAGAAGAAGCCCCCUCCAGCUGGCAAUCCUGACACUGCUUAUCUUCUCCACACACCACCUUCCUUCUCUGACCCCAGCGCCCCAGGAUGGCCAGCAGCAGAGCCAACAGACACAGCUUUCCUUCUUGAGCGGGUCUCCAUCUCUGCUCCCUCCUCUAACAAACCCUUAAUCGAGGACCUGAGCCUGAAGAUCUCCGAGGGGCAGAGCCUGCUCAUCACAGGCAACACGGGCACUGGCAAGACCUCCUUGCUCCGGGUUCUGGGCGGCCUCUGGAAGAGCACACGGGGCUCAGUGCAGAUGCUGACGGACUUUGGACCCCACGGGGUGCUGUUCCUGCCACAGAAACCAUUCUUCACUGAUGGGACCCUUCGGGAGCAGGUGAUAUAUCCCUUGAAGGAGAUCUACCCGGACUCAGGUUCUACUGAUGAUGAGAGGAUCAUGAGGUUCUUGGAGUUGGCAGGCCUGUCUGACUUGGUGGCAAGGACAGAGGGUCUGGACCAUCAGGUCGAUUGGAACUGGUAUGAUGUUCUGUCUCCAGGAGAGAUGCAGAGGCUAUCUUUUGCCCGGCUUUUCUACUUGCAGCCUAAGUAUGCAGUGCUUGAUGAAGCCACCAGUGCCCUGACGGAGGAGGUGGAGAGCGAGCUGUACCGCAUCGGCCAGCAGCUGGGCAUUACGUUUAUCAGCGUGGGACAUCGACGCAGCCUUGAGAAGUUUCACUCCUUGAAUCUGAAACUCUGUGGAGAAGGAAGAUGGCAGCUGACCAGAAUCAAAGUAGAAUGAAGCCAAGGAUGUGGCUGGCCACUGGAAGGAGAGCCAAACUCGGGGCAGGUCGGCAGUCCCCAGGAAAGACCAGGAGGACUGACAGAGCAAGGAAUGAGCCCCAGGGCCGCCUCACAGGUCCUGUGCAGAGUGCUGGCAGCAGUCGGCUCACCCAGGUGUGGCCUCCGUGGGGCACCCCGUCCCACCAGGCCUCCUGCUGCCUCAGCCAGAGCUCUGGACACUUGAAGUACUGUUCCUUUCCUUACAAAUUACUUCGGACUGUGUUUUCUAAAGAAAAACCUGAAAGUGUAGGAUCUAUAAAAAAUGAAGGGUCAAAGUGGAAAGAGUAUUGGACUCGGACUCAAGAGAUUCAGAAGUCUUGUAAAUUGGUUAAAUUUUGCAACACUAGAUUUUUAACUGAAUCAGCUAUUUAAAUUUUAUAACUUUUUAAAAAAGAAAAGAUAAACAUUAAAAUAUUUUUUUUGCAGCUUU